GAGAAAGGUGCCGAUCGCUUAGCAACGUGGACGCCUGGUGCUGAACCGGAUACUAGCACAGGACUUCAGUCGAGGAGCUGAGGGAUUUUACAAAUUCGUCUAGCUAAAACAGUAUCUCAGAACUUGAGUGAUGGAGAGGAUAUGUCUUGACAAGACUGCAUCUAAGGCAGUGGACGACUAUCUGGAGUACAGGAGGUUUGUCUUGCUUGCCAAUUAACAUCCUUCUAGGAUUAUAUUCAGCCUGGAGCACUGCUGGAAUGUUCCUCUGUCACCUGACUGACUGUGUAGGCCUAUUUGCUUUGUUAUGUUUGCCUUCAGACAACUUAGAAAGUGCACACAUUCCUUGUAUGUAGAAUGUCACCAAGGCCAUUUUUCUGGAGUCAGUUUAUUUUAGAAUAGCCUUCCUUCCUUUCCUUCCUCAGCAGAUCAAUCUAAUGGGACUACAUAGGUGAAACUGAUGAAAUGAUGAAGUUGAAUGUCUAGUUUACCAUAUAGCAUACUACUUGUGUAUCAGUAUUAUAGUUAAGGAGGAAAGGAAUAAUUUGCAGAAUCAGGCUACUCUAUGAUCAGAACUACUAAUCAUUAACACCAUUAACUUGGAAAAUAUUAGUUUUUUCAGGACUAACUCCUCCAUCAGAUUUCUCAUGAUUUGGGGUCCGUUUCUGGACCUUCUGGACAGAGACUGAUCGUGAAGACUGACUAGGAACGCUUAUUGUUAUUGUAACUGUCAUUGUUGCUCUAUUCUUGUCCCUUGUCUUGCAAUACUUAAGCAAUACUUAAUUUCAUAUGUCUGGCAGCUGUGUAUUUGUGUUAUUUCUUUGUGUGUUCUUGUUUUGUACUACAAAAAUAAAAAAUAAAUACUAAUCCUACCCCUGUGCUGUGGCACCUGUUGUUGUGUGUCAGGAUCGUGGGUGAAGACGAUGGCGGCAGACUAUUCUCCCCAGAGGAAUAUGAAAAGUAUAAGAGAACAGAGUUGCCCAAGAGACAACACAACAGGCUGUAUGUGAGCUUUGGAGUGCCAGGGGGAAUAGACUGUAAACUCAUCGGCCCAGAGACACCUUGCUUCUGCACACACAGGUACACGUUAGCAACAUCCUCCAUCUCUAGUAGAACACUGUGAUUAGUUCAUUAAUUGUGUGCCUCCAAAAUGCACUAUGACCUCUGCAAAGAGAUCUGAACCGUUAUGGCUGAGGAGGAAGCAUGGUUUCCCAGGAACCGCAUGGUCACUGGUUCAAGCAUCACUCCAGCUAUCCUUCUUAAUCGCUACACUUGUCUUGGGUUGAACCCCUCCAGGUACAAACAGCAUCAGACAGACUUUGAGGAGGUUCCUUUGGAGCGUCCGAUAGCGCUACCAUGCCGGGUUCGAGGGUGUCGGUGUUUGGCCUUCCAGUACGUGCACCUGAAUGGGUCGCAGCCCGUACGCUGCAGGUGCAAGCACUCUGCCUACGACCACAGUGAGACCACAGAACACCUGUGUGGGAAAUGUGAGUCUCUGUUGUCCCCUCGCUGAAGCACUGAGUCAUUGUUAUAACACUCCUUCUAUACUCCCUGCCUUCCAAUUUGUUGUGUUAAAAGUAGUGUCAGUGUUGUUGAGGCCACAUUGACCUACCUCUCCUCUCUCUCUGUCCUCAGGCUCAUCCUGCUCUGGGUUCCGGAGCCCCUUCAGCUGUGGGUGUGGCCAGCCUAGCUCCGCCCACCAGACACUGGUGGAGACGAAGGCAGAACGGGAGUCCCGGGGUCGGCCGGUGGGCAGAGAUGUUCCGUACGCAGCCAUGGGGGGUCUGACAGGGUUCAGCUCCCUGGCUGAUGGGUACCUGAGACUGGAUGAUAGCGGGGCAGGUGAGACCUCCAGGCUGCAUCACAGACUCAUCACAGACUCACUGACAAGAGACAGCCACAAGAUGAAUUACAGCAUAGACAUCCCAGUCUAUCUAAUGAGUCUAAUUUUAGCCUUAGAUAUGAGAUAUCGAAUUGUUACCCUUGACCUUGUGCGUGCGUGUGCCUGCGUAGGUGCCCCUCCCCUGUCUGUUCUGUCAUCUCAACAGGAGCAUGUGUUUGAGAAAGCCUAUGGACCAGCAGCAGCCUCAGGACCUACAGGUCAGAACCCAACCAAGCUAUAGGAGGCUUUGGGGUACAUCAUUAUGACUGUGCUUUGAAAUGUCUAGCCUGGGAAGCGCAUGCUUCUCACGUACGAUAUUUGGAAGGGUGGCCUGGCGAGACUAUGAAAUGUCUAAUCUGAGUGUAAUUUAGGAUGCAAUUUAUCCUAUAGUUCAGGGUUUCCCAAACUCGGUCCUGUUUUGGUUUUUGCCCUAGCACUACACAGCUGAUUCAAAUAAUCUAAGCUUGAUUAUGAGUUGGUUAUUUGAAUCAGGACCAGGACCGAGUUAAGGAAACCCUGCUAUAGAGCAUAUAGAAAUCCUAAACAGAGAUGAUAUUUGUCUCAUAAUAGAUGUAUUGCGUUAAUUUAAUAGUUUCCCUCUGAUAUGUAGAGGAGAGCUCAGUGACGUCCGUGACCAGGGCUCUGUCUGACCUCGGCACCAGAGAGGAAGAAGACAUGGCGUACUUCGAGAGACGCUACCAGGAGAGGGUGAGGAGGACAAUUCUCUAAUGAAAAACUGGAGGCCAGCAAAGAGCA